CCCAUUCACUGAAAAUAGCAGUUCUGUUUGACAUCGUGCUCACAACAGCGCCAGCCCAUCAUCUCUGUGGAAACUGAUUGACAGACUGCAUCAAUACCAUUCAAAGGCAUGGAUUCCCUCAUUGCCGGCGGUGAAAAGUUAACAUUUACCAGAGUUGACCACUUCUCUGGUGAUUAUGAUGGGGAUUAUAAUGAGACCUACAGUGACACGUGCUGUUCUACUGGGGGGGUGUGCAGCAUGCAGGAGGGCAUGCGUUUUGACGCUGUGUUCCUCCCCAUAUUCUACUCCCUGACAUUGGUUCUUGGGCUGCUGGGCAACGGGCUGGUACUUUUGGUUCUGGUACAGAGGAGGCGGAGCUGGAGCGUGACUGACACCUUCAUCCUGCACCUGGGCAUGGCUGACACCCUGCUGCUGGUCACGCUGCCCCUCUGGGCUGUUCAGGCCGCUGGGGAAUGGAGCUUCGGGACACCCCUCUGCAAGAUCACUGGAGCCAUGUUUACAAUCAACUUUUACUGUGGCAUCUUCCUGCUGGCCUGUAUCAGUCUGGACCGCUACCUGUCCGUGGUCCACGCGGUCCAGAUGUACUCUCGCAGGAAGCCCUGGAUGGUGCAUGCCAGCUGCCUGUCCGUGUGGCUCCUCUCCCUCCUCCUCUCCAUCCCCGACUGGCACUUCCUGGAGUCUGUGAGGGACACCAGACGAGACAAAGUGGAGUGUGUUCACAACUACCCGUCCCUCUCCCAGUCUUGGUUUGACUGGCGCCUGGCCUCCCGCCUGCUCUACCACACGGUGGGCUUCCUCCUCCCCUCUGCCGUGCUACUCUUCUGCUACUCCUGCAUCCUGCUGCGGCUGGAGCGUGGCUCCCAGGGCCUCCAGAAGCAGAGGGCCGUCCGGGUCAUCCUGGCCCUGGUGCUGGUCUUCUUCCUCUGCUGUACGCCCUACAACAUCACCCUUAUGGUGGACACCCUCUACUCCAGCAACACCCUGGUGGACACCUGCGAGAGCCAUAAUGCCCUGGACAUCUCCCUGACGGCCACCUCCUCUCUGGGCUACCUGCACUGCAGCCUCAACCCCGUGCUCUACGCCUUCGUGGGGGUGAAGUUCCGGCGCCACCUGCUGGACAUGCUGAGGUCCCUGGGCUGCAAGCUGAAGAGUGGAGUCAGGCUGCAGACUGCCAGCCGGAGGAGUUCCAUGUGGUCUGAGUCUUGAGACACCUCCCACACCUCUGCCAUCUAUUAAGUACUUAUCUCUCUAUCCCAAGAUUUCCAAAACUAGGUCCUAAGGACCCCAAAGGGUGCAUGUUUUGUUUUUUGCCCUAGCACUACAAAAUAAUCAGCUAAUCGUCAAGCUUUGAUAAUUUGAAUCAGCUGUGUAAUGUUAGGGCGAAAACCAAAACGUGCACCCCUUGGUGUCUGAGGACCGAGUUUAGGAAACGCUGCUCUACGCUCUAUCCUGUUGCUCUUGAGUUGUCGUUGACUCAAUAAGUGGAAUAUCAAGGUGACCUUUAGCCUACUCCAACUUCCCCUCCAGCAGAUUUGGGCUGGAGGAAAGGUUGUUAGAUCCGCACUGUUUCACCAUCAUCUUUUCCCAAUAGGGGGCUUAGAAUUAUUUCCUAUUAAAGAAACUCUUUGUAAAGAAUGGAGCCUAUAAUGAAGUUACACAUACGUAAAUCAAUCAGUUGAACAUUCUUAAAAAAUAAUAUUAACGUGAUUACAAAAUUAUAUUUCCACUAUAAAAACAAAUAUUAAAAACAUUUCUGAGUAUAGAAAUACCUUUUAGGUUUUCAUUUUGUAAUUAAUCAUUUUACUUACCUGCUUCAUGUUUUGUUAAAUGAUAAAUGGCAUAUGUGCUCUGUUGUAGUUAAUGCAUUUGUUAUUACUGACACAUCCCAUUUCAUAACAAAAAUGCACAGUAUCAGGUUAGCAUUUCAAGGAACCAUAGUGAAAUACUAAAUAAAGGUCAUAUUUUUUAUACUAUUUUUUAUACUAUCAUUCAGAAUCUCUGUCUUUUAGUGGUUGGUUAAUAGAUGCUUGUACACCAAAAAUUAAAACCCCUAGAGGAAGCAAGACUCAGAUCAGCAUAAGUGAUGUAGACACACCACCACCAAAGAC